AAGAAACUCUUGCAUUAGAUUAGAUAUUUCGUUUAUUGUUGGCAAAAAUGUGCUCAAGUAGAAUAUUUGUUUUUAGUGUAGUUUUAAUAAGUAGCGUAACAUCUAAACCACGCAUAGCAUGUGAUGUAGAUGACCACAGAUGCCUAACAGAAGGUGCUGACAGAUCAUUCGAUGAGUUUAUUAAAGGUAUACCUGGUGUGCUACCAUCAGACCCUUUACGUCUAGAAUAUUUAGAAGUAGAUCUUCCAACGGUAUCGUACAAGUUAAUAGGAGCCUCACUCUCUGGUAUGAGUGAUUGCAAGGUGGAUUUUGUAAAAAUAUAUAGAAAAGAAAAGAAGUACCAUUAUCACGUUUCUUGCCCACAUUUAACUUUCCAAUCAAAAUGUGAUUUAAAAGGGUAUAUAGGUCCUCAAUACAUCGAGGGCAAAGGCUCAACGUGCAAAGUUGACCAUUAUGACUACAAUUUCCUUUUCAAUGGUGACUUUUACAGAAAAGUAAGGCCUGACAAUAAAGUUUACUUCGAAUUACUAACUAGUAAUUUAGAAAUUGAAGCUAAAGGGAAAGUGGUUUAUCAAGUUAAAGACCUAUUUAAUGGAAAUAAAGAGAAAACUGCCGCUGUACAGGACUUUUUGAACGAACACUGGCAAUUUGUGAAUAAACUGUUACGUACACCAACGAUGGGAGCUCUCAUGAAAAAAUACAUUAAAAAUAUCAACACUUACCUCAGUAAAGUGCCCGUGGAUGAUAUAUUCUACCAAGAUUAGUUCAUUAUCACUCGGAAAACGACCCUAAUUCAAUAAAGGUACUCUUAUGACUCGAUUAGAUUUUGGAACUGUUGUCUACGUUGUUUCUAAUUGACCUUGAUGACUGAGAAUGGCUCCAUGUAUUAAUCAAAUCCUAAUAAAAUCAUUAUGAAAUCGUA